AUGGAGGCCGUUACAAACAAGUUGCAGCAAGUGCUUGGUGGGGGUGCGACCAGCAACCACUCCGUCCUCCUGCUCGGUGCUGGCUUCGUCACGCGCCCAACCGCUGAGAUCCUGGGAAACUCUGGCGUCAAAGUCACAGUUGCCUGCAGGACACUAGAGAAGGCACAAGCUUUGGCCAAGGGCAUCAACAAUGCUACUGCCAUCAGCCUUGAUGUCGACAACGCUGAGGCUCUUGACGCAGAGGUCGCUAAGGUCGACGUCGUCAUAAGCUUGAUCCCAUACACCUACCAUGCAACCGUCAUCAAGUCAGCCAUCCGCAAGAAGAAGAAUGUCGUCACAACCUCUUACGUAUCGCCCGCAAUGGAAGAGCUCGAUGCUCAGUGCAAGGAGGCUGGCAUCACCGUUUUCAACGAGAUUGGUGUCGACCCCGGUGUUGACCAUCUCUCCGCCGUCAUCACCAUCGACGACGUCCAUAAGGCUGGGGGCAAGAUCCUCUCCUUCAAGUCAUACUGCGGUGGUCUCCCCGCGCCCGAGGCUUCGGAUAACCCGCUCGGAUACAAGUUUUCGUGGAGCUCUCGCGGUGUUCUGCUUGCCCUGCGCAACCAGGCCAAGUGGUGGCAAGACGGCAAGGUCAAGGAGGUCGAGGGCCCUGAGCUGAUGGCAGAAGCCAAGCCCUACUUCAUCUAUCCCGGUUUCGCCUUUGUUGCGUACCCCAACCGUGACUCUACACCCUACAAGGAGCGCUACAAGAUUCCUGAGGCGCAGACCAUCGUCCGUGGUACCCUGCGGUACGGCGGUUUCCCCGAAUACAUCAAGACACUCGUUGACAUUGGCUUCCUUGUCGAGGACGAGAAGGACUUCCUCAAGAAGGGAUCGAACAUCUCCUGGAAGGAGGCCACGUCCAAGAUUGUCGGCGCCAAGGGCGAUAAAGAGGAGGAUAUCGUCUGGGCCAUCAGCUCGCGCGCCAAGUUCGCCUCCACCGAAGAGAAGGACCGGAUCUUGGACGGCUUCCGCUGGAUCGGCCUCUUCUCUGACGAGAAGAUCACGCCCCGUGGCAACCCGCUCGACACUCUCUGCGCGACGCUAGAGCAGAAGAUGCAGUAUGAGGAGGGCGAGCGCGACAUGGUCAUGCUGCAGCACAGGUUUGAGAUCGAGAAUAAGGACGGUAGCAAGGACGUUCGCACUGAAACACUUGUCGACUACGGUGACCCCAAGGGCUACUCGUCUAUGGCUAAGUUGGUCGGUGUUCCGUGCGCGAUUGCUGUGCAGCAGGUGCUUGACGGCACUAUCUCCAAGAAGGGUGUGUUGGCGCCUAUGGAUCCUGAGAUCUGCAGGCCGUUGAUGAAGAUCCUGGAGGACAAGUAUGACGUCCGCUUCAAAUCGAAGACCAUCCGACAGUAG